UGUCCAAUGAAAUACGGGUUUAUGGGUUUUGCCUAUGAAAUCAGGCAAUCAGAGGGUUUCCGUAUCUCUUUGAAAAUUAGCAUAGGACAGUGAAUAAAUGCCUCUGUGUCGCUUUUGAGUUUACAUUGAAUUGUCAGUUUGGGAAUCACGCAGCGUCAUGCCUGAACCAGCCAAGUCCGCACCAAAGAAGGGCUCCAAGAAGGCCGUCACGAAGACCGCCGGUAAGGGAGGAAAGAAGCGCAAGAGGUCCAGGAAGGAGAGUUACGCCAUAUACGUCUACAAAGUCCUGAAACAGGUUCAUCCUGACACCGGCAUUUCUUCCAAGGCGAUGGGCAUUAUGAACUCCUUCGUCAACGAUAUCUUUGAGCGCAUCGGCGGUGAGGCGUCUCGACUCGCUCAUUACAACAAGCGUUCCACCAUCACGUCGAGAGAGAUCCAGACCGCCGUGCGUCUGUUGUUGCCCGGUGAGCUGGCCAAACACGCCGUGUCUGAGGGCACCAAGGCCGUCACCAAGUACACCAGUUCCAAAUAAAUAAUCAACUGAGACACUCAGCGACCCAAAGGCUCUUUUAAGAGCCACCCAUCUUCUCGUUUAAAGGAGCUUUUAAUGCUUGUAAGAUGAGGUAGUAGUUCUUGUUGCGUUGGUCCGUUUCAGCAAAAUGCAGUUAAGAACAAUAUCCUGCCGUGAAGCGUUUGUUGAUAUAAAAUAUUCAAUGUAAGGGUACACAUUUUAGCAGUUCAGUAUGAGAAACAAUUGAAAAAUGCAUUAAAUCUAUUCUUUGAAUUAUACAGUCUCUUGACAAGAUUAUUUGUUCAAUGCAUAUUAAUUAUUCGAGCGGUGACUUUCAACUCAUCUCCUUAGAGGCUGGAUGGUAUAAACUUAACCUUAAAUUCUCUCACAUCCAGUUUCUGUGGUAGUGAAACAUCUUUAUGAUUAUGCUUGUCACUAUGCCAAUUUUUUUUUAGAAAUUCUACAAAACCUUACAUACUUACAAUCCUCCAUCUCACAGCAUAACAAAUUAACCCAGACUUCUAACUACGAUAAGUAUAUCCAGUUUUAUCUGCGUAGAUGUACGGUUGAGUCACAUAGUGAUCUAUGCUACUUGAUUGUUUAUAUCGUUGUCUAAUGUGAACUAUCACAGCUUUAAACUGCUCAAUGUGGACGAACAUGACUUGCACACCAGUUUAUACAAAACUCAAAUUUCUAUGUCAGAUUGUAAUAUUUCAGUGAAAUGUUUUUUUUUUUUUCCUCAUGUGUCACAGAGCAACAAAUGUUGUUUAUUUAAACAUUUAUGUAGAGUAAGAGACUAGCAAAACUGAGAGAUCAGAAUUGUUUGUUGAGAAAGUCAAAAUACUAACUGCUCUCGUUCUUUAUUAAAAUAUCUUCUGGUAUGAGA